AUGGGUCUGAACUUUUUAUUUCAAAAGGAAGAAAAAAUAUCAGCAGCAGUGGUAUUUUCCGGGCCUCCUGAGGCAGUGGCCUCCCCUUUGCUGGUGUCUGAGAUGGGCAUCUCCUCCCAAAAGGCCUGGCCUCUCCCUGGCUGCCUCUCCCCACCCUCAAAGAGAAACUCACAGGGGCCCAUAUCACAGCGGGGGCCCCAGGCCAUGUGUCCCAAAGUACCUUGGCGCUGUGCAGAAGCGCCUAGAAGGAGGGAGGUGGCUCGGCCAGAGGCAGACCGGAUGGAGCAGGGAGGAGGCUAG